UUCAAGAAGAAUCAGCAACAGAUUUCUUCGAGAGGCUAAAUGGCGGAACAUGGAGGAGGACCACCGCUUCACCGGCAUCAUUUGGAGGUGGUUGCCAUUACAGAACUGCUAUAAUUUGAACCGUUGGAUUCUGUUGUAGUGGUGGACCUGGUGACUGGUAAACCAAUUUAAUAAUACUGUAUAAAAUCUGUUAUUCCAUUACCACCAACAAAAACUCACAAAAAAUAACCCUAAAAACCAAAAAUGGAGACAGAGAUCUGGAAUUUCAUCAAGAUAUGGGGAAUAGCAAUCGCUUCAGCCUGCUACUCCUACUCUUUAUCCAGAACCUUCCACAUCCAAACCGGUAUUCUCCGGUUGUUCUUCAUCCUUCCCGUCAUCUACCUCUUCACUGUCCUCCCACUUUCUCUCUCCUCCUUCCAUCUCGGUGGUCCCACCAUCUUCUACCUUGUUUGGCUUGCCAACUUUAAACUACUCCUCUACUCCUUCAACCUCGGCCCUCUUUCUUCCAAUCCAAACACCUCCUUAUCGCAUUUCAUCGCCAUUGCUCUUCUCCCCAUCAAAGUCAACGCCGGUUCAACGCCGACCAAGAAGCGGGACCCACUCGGAUCACUUCCUCUGUUUGUUGUAAAAUUACUGGCUUUUGCCCUUGUGGUAAAAGUUUAUGAGUUUCGCCAAGAUUUACCUAAAUCCCUUCUUUUGCUUAAUUACUGUUGUCAUCUUUACCUUGGUGUAGAGGUUACUUUGGGAAUUACCGCGGCCUUGGUUCGGGCCAGUUUGGGGUUGGGCUUGGACCCACAGUUUGAUGAGCCGUACUUGGCCACCUCACUCCAGGACUUUUGGGGCCGUAGAUGGAAUCUCAUGGUGUCGGACAUCUUACGGUUGUCCGUUUACGACCCCAUCCGACGUGUUGUCUCGCCAUUGGUUGGGAAAAGGUGCGGUUUAGUGGGUGGGAUCGUAAUGUCGUUUACUGUGUCUGGGCUGAUGCACGAGGUGAUUUUCUAUUAUUUCACACGUGUGAGGCCCACGUGGGAAGUCACGUGGUUCUUUGUUCUACAUGGGGUGUGCACCGCAGUGGAGGUGGUGGUUAAGAAAAUGGUUGUAUCGAGGUUUCAGUUGCAUCGAUUGAUAUCAGGUCCGUUGACAAUUGGAUUCAUAGGGGUCACAGCAUGGUGGUUAUUCCUCCCUCAAAUCUUAAGGAAUGGUUUCGACGUCAAAGUUAUAAAUGAGUAUCCUGUAAUGGUUAAUUUUGUUAAGGAAAAUGUUUUGUACUUUUUUAUUUUGUUGGACAAACUUUUGGUGGCUUGAGCAAUUUUGAUUUCGUCUAUGUAGUCAACUCGGUUAUGAUUUAUGAAUGUUAUUUUUCAACUUAA